GCGCCCGCCGGGGCCGCCGCCGCGCCGUCCCGCCCCCCUGCGCGGGCGGCGCAUGCGCCCCGCGUCCGCCCCGCGCCCGCGCCCAACCCCGAAGGGGCUCCGGCAGGCGUCCCCGCGAGCAUGGGCGAGCAAUUCAAAUGGAACCCGUCCGCGGAGCGCAUGGGCGACAUGAUGCGCCAGGCCGUGUACAUGGAGGACCACGUCACUUUCCAGCACCUUCUGAAGCAGAGGGCGAACUUGGAGGCGGUGGACGAGUCGGGGGCCACAGCGCUGCACAUCGCGGCGACGCACGGCAAGACCUCCGCGCUGGCGUGGCUGUUGGAGUGCGGGGCCGACCUGCGGGUGGCGGACGACCAGGGUUACGACGCGCUCGCCUGGGCGUGCUGCAAGGGCCACCAGUCCACCGUCGUCACCCUGCUGCAGAGCAGGGCAUCGCCUGAGGGCAACGGGUUCUCGCCGAGCGGGAAGACGCCGCUGGCUCUCACCGCGGAGCGGGGGCACCUGGACUGCAUGAAGGAGUUGCUGCGAGCACGGGCGCCGCUGGAACAGACGAACAAGGAUGGCGUUACUGCCCUGAUGUCCGCGGCGCACACGGCGGAGACUGAGGUCGUGGCGUCUCUGCUGAGCAUGCAGGCCAUCGUCAAUGUCGCUGACCAGGACGGCUGGACCGCGCUCUCCUACGCCAUGAACGCGCCGCUUCCCCCGGGGGCGGGCGAGCAGCUGGAGAAAAAGGUCCACAUCGACGGCGUCUUCUCGAAGGUAUCGAUGGCAGAGCUUCUGCUCCUCCACGGGGCGAAGGUCAACACCCAGUCGGUGGACGGUCUGUCCCCGCUCGUCGUGGCUUGCGCCCAGGAUCGGCCCCUGGCUGUCCGGAAGCUACUCGAGCACCGGGCCCAGGUCAACCUGGCGAGCGCCAGGGGCCAGACCGCGCUGCUCAUGGCGGCCGCCAACAACCUGCCCGAGAUAUGCCGCACCCUUAUCGUGGCGAAGGCCGACGUGAACCACCAGAACGAGAAGAAAGUGUGUCCGUUGCAGUUGGCCGACAAGUUCGCCGCCAACGGCGACCGCGAGGUCGUUAACCUUCUCACCAAGGCAGGCGCCACGGCCCCCAAGGGCAAGAAGGGCAAGAAGAAAGGCAAGAAGAAGUGAGCGGGGCUGACCCACGUCCAGGAGUCACGUGGGCCGCCACAUGUGAGAGCGCUGCGGGCCUUGUAUGCUGUUACCCU